UUUAGAUUAUAAAUGAAGCAAUAUUAUACCAAAAAAAAUUGGGGGAAACCUGACAAAAGCGAUGGAUAUUUAAGCGGCCGUAUUCAUUUAUUUCGCGCGCGUGUGAUAGGGAGAGAGAAGCGUCGGUGAUGGGUGUCGCUCCAAUCGAAGGCCAUUGGAGCGUAAACGAACAAGAAUUUUUUUUACAAAGAUUUGACAAGCUCUCUACAUUGAAGUUUUCUGAUUCACGAAACUAAGCGUCGGGACGGCCCGGGUGGUAAGAGCAAUAGUCGCCCACCAGGUGGUUGAUGCUUUGCUCCUUUGAACUCCCGCUCUUUUUCGUAAAUUUGGUUCGCAUUAUACCUAUACUCAUGACAAUGAGUUUCUUGAGAAGAAGUUUCGCCUUCGCAUCCGUGGUGAAUUCGCAUGUUCUUUCAAGACGGUAUCGAUUCUGCACCAACGCCUCCACAACAAUUCUUGAUAAGGAGAAUGAAGCAACCAGACAUUCAGUACCAGCAUCUGAUUAUUCCGAUAGCCUUCAUCUCUCUCCAUUGUUCUCCGAUGUUAAAGGUCAGUCCUGUAGUUAUGAUAUCGAGCUUGUGGACCAUGAUGCCUGGCGAGUUUCGUCCGGAUUAGCUCAAGCAUGGCGAGGCACGGAUGGAGCUUCCACGGGAACGAGCCCUCUCAUGGAGGAACUGGUUGAUGAGGUAGUUGAUUAUAGUUCCCCACCCAUUGAAGCUGAUUCGGAUUUUGAUGACAUUGAUAACAUGAGAAUUCGGGGCAAUCUGUUCUAUAAACUUGACCGGGACUCCAAGGAAUUUGAAGAGUACAGUUUUGACUUCCAUCGGAGGAAAUCUUCAAAGAAAAAGAAUGAUCAAAAUGAAAGAAAAAAAGUUGAGAAGAAGGAUAACAAGAGCCCUAGUUCGUCCUCUAGAGGUGAAAUUCAUCCGAAGGUUUUCAAUAACAAAUGUUCUACGUCUCCGCUUGACGAAGUGGAUAGCUUCUAUGAUGGGAAGAAGAAGCUGAGGACGCCUACUUUCAACCAACUUACGGGUCCUUACCACGAACCCUUUUGCCUGGACAUUUACAUAUCCAAGGCUUCUGUUCGUGCCUGUGUGAUUCACCGAGUGACUAGUAAGGUGGUGGUUGUGGCACAUUCCAUUUCCAAGGAUAUGAAGUUUGAGCUGGCUUCAACGAGGAAUGCCACUGCUUGUGCUGCUGUGGGUUCAGUUCUGGCUCAGAGAGCAUUGGCUGAUGACAUUCAUGAUGUGGUUUACAUCCCAAGGAAGGGGGAUAGAUUGGAGGGAAAGCUUCAGAUUGUGCUUCAGUCUAUCAUUGAUACUGGCGUUAAUGUGAAGGUGAAGCUUAAGCAAAGAAGAUUAAAAAAAGCUGCUCCCUUAUCUACACCUUAGAAACCCGGAUAUUCAGUUUGUUCUUUUCAGCAACUUCAGUAGUUCUUAUUGAGUCUCUUGAUUUGAUAUGAAUAAAUCUCUGUUUUCAUUAGUGUAAACUUUAUGAUUUUGCAACUACACAAUGUUCAAAUCCCGUAAUUUACUGAGACUUGUUUUAGCUUA